CUCCGGGGAAUAAUGAGUGUCUGUCAGGCCGUCCCCGGGUGACUGGGCGGGGCGGGGCGGAGGCGGCGCGGGAGGCGGGGGUGGCGGGGGAAGGGCGCAGGGCGGGGUGCGUGUUUGCGCGAGUGACUCGGCCGACCCCUCCGGCGGCUGCCUCCACCCAAGUGGGUGGGGACCCGCCCAGCCCGGGCGGCCGCGGCGGCUCCCUCUCCCCUCCCUGACCCUCCCACCCUGGGUCCCAGCCUCUACUUACCCCGCCAGCCCCGGGAGGCUCGCAGAGCGAGCGGCGCCGGCGUCAUGUGACUGCCCGGAGUUGGUGCCAGGAGCCAGAGGGGAGCCAGGAGCGGAGCCGCGCGGAGCCGGGGCCCGAGCCGGAGCGCAGCGCGAGCGCCCGCCGCACGCGCGCCCGUCCCCGUUCCUGUCCCCGUGCCCUGCGGCCGCCACCGCCACCCGGGCUGGCGCGCUGACAUUACUGCAUUCGCGGGGUUCAAGGCGGCUCGGAUCUGGGCCUUUAUUUCUCGUCUGCAGCGCUCAGAACCGCGCCUCGAAAAGCCAAACACCAGAGCACCCUAGAAAGCCGAACUAAAAGAAUGCUCAUGUUUGAUCCAGUCCCUGUCAAGCAAGAGGCCAUGGACCCCGUGUCAGUGUCAUACCCAUCCAAUUACAUGGAGUCAAUGAAGUCCAACAAGUACGGCGUCAUCUACUCCACACCGUUACCGGAUAAGUUCUUCCAGACCCCGGAGGGCCUGUCGCACGGGAUGCAGAUGGAGCCGGUGGACCUGACCGUGAACAAGCGCAGUUCCCCGCCCUCUGCGGGCAGUUCUCCUUCCUCGCUGAAGUUCCAGCCCUCGCACCGGAGAGCCUCGCCCGGCCUGAGCAUGCCCUCUUCCAGCCCGCCCAUGAAGAAGUACUCGCCGCCUCCCCCGGGCGUGCAGCCCUUCGGCGUGCCGCUGUCCAUGCCCCCGGUGAUGGCCGCCGCCCUGUCCCGCCACGGCAUCCGCAGCCCCGGGAUACUGCCCGUCAUCCAGCCCGUCGUGGUGCAGCCGGUCCCCUUCAUGUACACCAGCCACCUCCAGCAGCCGCUCAUGGUCUCCUUGUCGGAGGAGAUUGAGAACUCAAAUAGCAGCAUGCAAGUACCUGUAAUUGAAUCAUAUGAGAAGCCUAUAUUACAGAAAAAAAUUAAAAUAGAACCUGGGAUUGAACCACAGAGGACAGAUUAUUAUCCUGAAGAAAUGUCACCCCCUUUAAUGAACUCAGUGUCCCCCCCGCAAGCACUGUUGCAAGAGAAUCACCCGUCGGUCAUAGUGCAACCAGGAAAGAGACCUUUACCUGUGGAAUCUCCGGACACCCAAAGGAAGCGCAGGAUCCACAGAUGUGACUAUGACGGAUGCAACAAGGUGUACACGAAGAGCUCUCACUUGAAAGCGCACAGAAGGACACACACAGGAGAAAAACCCUACAAAUGUACAUGGGAAGGAUGCACAUGGAAGUUUGCUCGGUCUGAUGAACUGACAAGACAUUUCCGAAAACAUACUGGAAUUAAACCUUUCCAGUGUCCAGACUGUGACCGCAGCUUCUCCCGCUCUGACCACCUUGCCCUCCAUAGGAAACGCCACAUGCUAGUUUGAAUGGCUCCGUCCCCCGCCUCAGCGUGGCUCCCCACUCUCCCGGCUCUCUCUGUCCUCCUUCCCAUGAUCUAACUCAUUUUUUACAUGUACAUUUUAAUUUGGAUUCAGCUGGUCUGAAUCUCUGAAUUUAUAUCAUUCAAACUUCCAUAUGGUCAGUAGUAGAUGUUCUCUAAUUCUCCUCUCCUUACCACGGGUCAGACCUAAAGAAUGUGAACACUUUUUUUUUUUUUUUUUUUUUUCCGGGGAUGCUAAGCAAACCCUUCUUACAGAUACGUUUAAUGUAAUGAGAACAAGGGAACAUGUAAACUUAAAAUAACCAAUUGUCGGUUUCUCCAUGUAUUUCUCAAAAGAAUGUCAAAGUAAAUGUAUUAGAAAUACAGUAUCCAGCCUGCAAAUCCUUGCCAGGGACGUUCAUACCUCUGUGCCCUGUGAUCGUAUUUUGUGCUCGCCAGCAAGAAGGGUGGACCCUCUCCCAGGCUAGGUAGACAUGCAGCGAGAUUUCAGGUAGGACCAUCCAUCCACUCUUCUUCCCUUCCAUUGCCCUUCACGAAUCCUGCUUGUCAACUUGGAUUUAUCAUGUCCUCUAAAUUAAGUCCUUGAUACUCCUUUGUGCCUGCAGCUAACAAGGAGGUCUUUGCCACCCCUGGAGCUGAGCCAGAGCUGCUGAUUUAGGCGGGUGAUGUCUGUCAGUGAAGGGCUGAAUGCUCUCCUUGCCCAGCAGAGAGUCAGAACAAAGGGGCAUGGUGCAGGGGAGAAGUGGUGGGGGCGAGGGAGGAAGCCUUCCUUCUAGGCGAGGGCUCUCUGGUGAGGUUUCAUCAUAGGGUUCACUGCGCAAGGCAUCCCCAGAGCUUCAGUCUCUAUGCUCAACUGUGCAGAAGCAUACAGCAAAGCCGAAAAUGGAGAGAGUUAUCCCUGCCCCUGUCACCAUUCCUCUGAUGUCCUUAACAUGGAUCAUCGAGCAUUGAUUGUCGGGACACCACAAAAAUAUUUUGCCCAGUAAUGGUAAAAAAAAAAAAAAAAAAAAAAUCUUUUGGGUAAGAAUAUGGAUGGCCUUUUACCCAACCUACUUACAGCUUUUUUUUUUUGGCAAACAGGGAAACGUUGAGGGGUAAUUGUAUUCCCAUAUCAAAUUACUCAUACAGCUUUUAUACAGAAACUCUUCUGUGUGAACCAUAGGGUGCCAAGUGGACUGUCAUUUGUGUUUGUGAUGCAUACCGUAAGUAUCUGCUAAUGCUUUAGUGGAUGCAUUCAAUGUAAGACCUGAGUAACAAGAUUUGUAAAUAUAACUAGUUGUGAAGCACAUAUACAUUCGGGGGACAGAUUUCUGAAAAACAAAACAAAACAAAAACGAAAAAACAGAAAACCACAGUUCAGGGAUUCAUAUCUUUAGAGCUCCAGAAUUCCCCAACAUUUACUGUUCUAAAGAGCUGGAAAUCGAUCACUAUCAAGUAUCCCCUCAGAAGAAGCUGAAAAUGACUCGUGUUUAUGUUAAAGAUAAAUAGCGCCAUUAUUCGGGGGAAGUUUUGUGUUUAGUUUUUGUUUUUGUUUUUCAAAAGCUGGCUUUUGAGCACCAUAGUCUAAAUGCCAAUAAAAAUAAUUCAUGCGUAGAAAUGUCAUUGGUUCUAAAUUUGAAGAAAGUGGGUGACGGUGGUCAAAUGUGGGUGCAUAUAACCAAAUGCGCCUUCAUCCCUCGAUAAAGGACGGAAGAGAAGAGAGAAGAAUGGAAUCCUGAAGAUUCAUCCCAGCCGCAACUCAGGAUCCAACACAACCUAAACUGGGAGGAAUACACUGUUCAAUUGUUUUUUAAAACAUCAGUGAAUGAGUGAUUGUGGAGGUCUGCAAAUCGUGUGGGGAGCUUACUUUGAUGGCGCUAUGUUAAUAAAAGUUAGUUGUAGGGACUGUGCACCUAAGAUAUCCCACUCAUCAGCCCUCUGAACCAGCUGAAAGGAAAUGUAGUUGAGAAAUGCAAAGUCAUUUGUUACCUUCUUGGCACUUGGUUUUUAUUUUCUUUCUUUCUUUUUUUUUGUAAGCACUGCGAAAUUUGUUUAGAAUAUUAAAACCUCCUAAUUGGG